AUGUCACGUCGACCGCCGAUGGACACUUUUGGACAUGGUCAGAUACGCCUACUUCGGCCGCCACUUAUGGUAAUCACCAGUACCGGUCCUUAUCAUGGUACUAUUCGCAUCAGCUCCGUCCAAACCACCAUCAUGUCCACCUGUAGUUCAGAACCCGAGAUAUUUACCACCGUCCUCACCGUCGGUCUCACCUCCAUGCUCCUCCUUUCAUUCGGCUCUCAGCACUACAAAAUCAUAUCUACAAACCUGUCUCUGGGUUUCAGCCCAUGGUUCUUACUACUAGGUGCUGUGUCCUCCACCGGCACACUACUAGACAUUUGGAUGCUCCAAUGGGACAUCGUCAAGUGUUGUAAGCAAGUCAGCGCAGGCGUUUGCAUCACGUCGCUCGGCGGCGUCUUUCAAGUAUCAUUGCAAUGGCUGCUAUUUAAUAUCACUUUCGUCCUAUUUCUCAUUUACUACCCGUCCGAUAUGAAAUACGUCAAAGUCGAUGACUCGGAAGCACAUGGAGAUCUCAUCGUCCACUCUACCCUCGUCAAAUCUUUAGACUGGCGCCAUUCCAUCCUCUGUGCAUGGCUCACCGUCGCGCAUUUCAUCGUCUCCCUUAUUUACACCGCAUACCUCAUCACUACCUCUCAUGCCAGUCCAGAAACUACCUCCCCACCACCCCAAAUAGCCGCAUGGGCUGCAUUCCUCGGUAUCUCCUCAGCCGGGGCGGCCAUUUUGCAAUACCUCCCUCAGCUGUGGAGAACAUGGUCUUUCGGGUUUGUCGGUGCGAUCAGCAUUGCAAUGUACUGUUUUCAGGUUCCUGCUGCGGCCGUUAUGGUCGUAUCAAUCGCUCUUCGCGAGGGAACAGAUUGGACAAGUUGGGCGAUGUACGCCGCCUCGGGAACUAUGGCUAGCGUACUCCUAUUAAUGUGCUUUGCGUGGAAAGUGCGUCAAGCCCGACUUGGAGUCGACGAUUUCGGGAGGCCGGUCACUAAAGCUGGAGAUCCCAUCGAAGAUGAUGACGCAGCAGACGUCGCGUUUGAGAGAAGCGCUGAUGUCGUCGACGAACAGACGCCUCUACUGGAUGCUGCCCCCGCCUCCGAAGAGGGCGGGCAUGCGCAGAAAGGGCCGUUGGCGGGGUGGUGGGGCAAGAAGUGA